AUGCUGUACACUGGUGACGCACCAGACCCUAGAUAUGACUCUGCGUUCACCAAUCGCGGCAACUUCGCAUACGUCUUUGGUGGAGUUUGCAAUUCGACUGAGGAAUUAAAAAAUGAUCUUCAUCGAUUAAAUUUAGAAUCGACGGAGUGGAGUGGUGCUUUGCCAGUCACUGGAGAACUGCCGGAAGAGCGACGUUGUACUUCUUUGGCCCCGAGCUCGACGUCCUUACUGGUCCUCUGUGGUGGUUAUUUUGACAAUGGAACGACCCGGAGUCACCGCAAUGACAUUUUCAUCUUUCACACUGACUUACUAUGCUGGUAUCGUGUGAACACGUCGCACAUCCAGCCACCAUUGGAGGCACGGCAUUAUCCCUACUCAUGCCAAGAUCCCAUUGGUGACGUCUAUAUUGUAGGUGGUUACAAUUCGACCAACGAUAACCAUCUAGCAUCGACGAUCGUCAGAGUGCGUACGGAACCGCUGUCCUUACAGAAUCUUGCUUUGCAGGUGUAUGCCGGCAUAGCGACUGCAGAAGAAGUUGAAAGCUUGAGAGUCCUGGUUCGGAGCGUUUUGGGUAAGAUUCGACUGCAGCCAUGCAGUAGCUGCAGUCCCCCUCACGCCUGGAAGUAG